UCUUUCAAAUCCUUCUGUUUCGGGUUCGUCUUCUGCUCAAGCAAUUUUCAUCGCUAGAAUUUUCCAGGGAAAACCCGACACCUUCUCGGAAAUUGUAUCAUGGACACUGUAUCCACGUUCAAAUUCAUCAGCUCCAGUGUCUUGUUUCCUCGUACAUCGUUCCCCGCGAAAUUCGUUCGCUUUUCGAGCUUGGAAGCUUCGUUUUUGCGAAAACGUACAAGAUACACUUCCCCUUCCCCUUCCCGAAAGAAACACCUAACCCUAGUUUCUUCAAAAUCGUCCGAAGCCGAGGAGAUUUCGGAAACGGAAGACGAGUGGCUGAAGAAGCUGCCGGAGAAGAACAAGCCUCUCUACUCUCACAGCUUGCCCUGCAUCGAGGCAUGGCUGAGGAAUCUAGGGUUUCACCAGAGCAAAGACGAUAGGGCUGUUUGGUCGAUUCAGAAACCUGAUUGGCACGCCCAAUUAUCACUUGAUGUCACCGAUCUCUACAUUAGGUACUUGAAGAACGGGCCGGGAGAUCUCGAGAGAGACAUGGAGAGAAGAUUCAGCUAUGCAUUGAGCAGGGAAGAUAUUGAGAACGCCGUUCUCGGAGGACCUUGAGAAAAAGGCUCUUCUGUGUAAGAGGAUCCUCUUUUCCUUUGGAAAACUCAGUGGCAUAGUUGUGAAUUUCAUUGAUUAGACAACACCUGAUGCCUCUUAGGGUUUACUGGUUUAGGUAUGUCUUUGCAUUUUGCACUUUUGAUUCCAAGCCCUCAAAAGUCAUAAUUUUUUCAUCUUGGAAUUAAUCA